UUCCCUAUGUACUGGUUCAGCGUUCCAGCCAUCAUGAAGGGCUGGAUAGACAGAGUCCUGAGUCAAGGCUUUGCCUUCUCACUGCAGAAGAUGUAUAGCAAUGGAAUAUUCAAGGACAAGAAAGCCAUAUUGUCGUUCAGCACUGGAUCUAUGCAGACUAUGUUCCGCCCCGACGGCCUCAACGGAGACAUUAACGUCACACUGUGGCCCCUACAGAACGGCGUGCUUCACUUCUGUGGCUUCCAGGUGCUAGCCCCCCAGGUGUUCUGGUGUCCGGGACACAGCCCCCCCGCGACACGGACAGCCAUGCUGGAUGGCUGGAGGGCCAGGCUGAAGACCCUGCUGGUCGAGCGACCCCUGACCUUUGCCCCCUGCGAGAUGUUUGACCUGACCUUCCCCGGGGGCUUCGUGCUGCGGCCGGAGGUCAGGGAGGAGCAGAGCACCCGCCCCCACGGCAUCACCACCGGACACCACCUGGGGAAACCACUCCCCCCUGACAACCAGCUGAAGGCUGAUAACCCCUCCCCCUGACAACCUGCUGAAGGCUGAUAACCCCUCCCCCCUGACAACCAGCUGAAGGCUGAUAACCCCUCCCCCCUGACAACCAGCUGAAGGCUGAUAACCCCUCCCCCCUGACAACCAGCUGAAGGCUGAUAACCCCUCCCCCUCGACAACCAGCUGAAGGCUGAUAACCCCUCCCCCUCGACAACCAGCUGAAGGCUGAUAACCCCACCCCCCUGACAACCAGCUGAAGGCUGAUAACCCCACCCCCCUGACAACCAGAUAAAGGCUGAUAACCCCUCCCCCCUGACAACCAGCUGAAGGCUGAUAACCCCACCCCCCUGACAACCAGAUAAAGGCUGAUAACCCCUCCCCUUGA